CUGUGCCACUGCAGUGAAACCGACGCUAAAAAGAGAGGAGCUGGGUCAAAAAACAAGAACCUGACUAUCACUAGCACCGCGUUUUUGAAUAGCGAGACCCCCUUUUUUAUAUCGUUUUUUCCCUCCCCGUCCUCAUUUCCUGGUCAACCUAUUUCAUCAUCCAACCGGCAAGAUGGGAAAUGAAGCAAGUUACCCUCUGGAAAUGUGCUCGCAUUUCGAUGCUGAUGAGAUUAAGCGUCUGGGAAAGAGGUUUAAGAAACUGGACCUAGAUAACUCUGGAUCUCUUAGCGUGGAGGAGUUCAUGUCCCUGCCAGAACUCCAGCAGAACCCGCUGGUCCAGAGGGUCAUCGACAUCUUCGACACCGAUGGAAACGGAGAGGUGGACUUCAAGGAAUUCAUCGAGGGAGUCUCACAGUUCAGUGUCAAGGGGGACAAGGAGUCAAAGCUUCGGUUCGCCUUCCGGAUCUACGACAUGGACAAGGAUGGCUACAUCUCCAACGGGGAGCUCUUCCAGGUGCUGAAGAUGAUGGUUGGAAACAACCUGAAGGACACUCAGCUCCAGCAGAUCGUGGACAAGACCAUCAUCAACGCAGACAAGGACGGAGACGGCAGGAUAUCCUUCGAAGAGUUCUGCUUAGUGGUGGGUGGCCUUGACAUACACAAAAAGAUGGUGGUGGACGUGUGAGCCCGUCCCUCCGCUCCUCUCCCCCCCUCGCUUUCUUCUCCGUCUGUCUCUGAAGAUCUGCUCAAGACAUCUGACAAAUGCUCUCUGUGUAUUUCAAUGGAAGUAUUCUCUCUCUCCUUGAAGCACUUUUUUUCUUAAGAAACCACGGGCCUCGUGAAGCCAACUUUUAAGUGUUAUUGAACUCCGAUCCUCUCAAUAACCCGAAGAAAGACAGAUAUUCUUGUUUGUAAAGAGCAUCACAGUUCAAUGGAGGAGGGAGGGGAGAAAGGUUUGCUUGUUUAUAUUUAGUUAACUUUUUUCUUUUUUUCUUUUUUUCUAUUUAUUUUCGUUCUGGUCUCUUUUUUUUUUUUUUUUAAUACACAUGUAUAUCUAUAAUGGCUCUCUCGUGGUUAAAUGUGUCGUUAUCUGAGGUGUUACAUUAAAUAAAAUACUUUGAUAUCAGUUCCAAUUGAAAAAAGUAGGGUGUGAAGUGCCAACCAGGACAUAUCCAGAAACCAGAUGAUAUUGUUAUUAUGAACUGUCCACCGUCUCUGUCAGUGAUGGAUGACCAGCGUGUGACACGUCAAGCGCUCCGCUACAGCAUCACACGAUGGUUAGAUGCACAUUUUAUUUUCACAAAUAAACAGCCAUUUCUUGUGUUCCA